AUGUCAGGAUUGAGAACGGUAUCGUCUUCGUCUGCGAACGGUAAGAAUUACGAUUCGAUUAUGAAGAUUCUUUUGGUUGGUGAUUCUGGGGUUGGUAAAUCGUGCCUUUUAGUUAGAUUUGUUGAAGACAAGUUCAGCCCAUCCUUCAUUACGACAAUUGGGAUCGAUUUCAAGAUCAAAACCGUUGAUAUUAAUGGUAAGAAGGUCAAAUUGCAAUUGUGGGACACAGCGGGUCAAGAAAGAUUUCGGACGAUUACAACGGCUUACUACAGAGGUGCAAUGGGCAUCAUUCUCGUUUACGACGUAACUGAUGAACGUACUUUUGCUAAUAUCAAACAAUGGUUUAGCACGGUCAACCAACAUGCGAACGACGAAGCGCAAUUGCUUUUGGUCGGUAACAAGAGCGAUAUGGAUACACGGGCAGUCACUACGGAACAAGGUGAAACACUGGCCAAAGAACUUGGUAUCCCUUUUGUCGAGGCAAGCGCCAAAGACGACACUAACGUCAACGACAUCUUUUUCCAACUUGCGAAGUUGAUUCAAGAGAAAAUCGAAAGUGAAAAGAUUGUCGGAGGUCAGGGCAAAGACGGCAGUAUUAACAUCAAUGGCGGUGGGAACGGGACGAAAUCCAACUGUUGUUAA